AUGGAGGCUAGGGUGGCCCCCAGGCCCCCUGCUCCUCCUGCUGCUGCUGCUGCUGCAGCAAGACAGCAGCAGCAACCUUUUCGACAGUUGAAAGGACGCAGGGGGGCCCCCGCAGCACUGGGGCCCCCGGAGCUGUACCCUGCGGGGGCCCCCCCCAUGGGGCCCCCACCACAGGCAGCUGGUAGGCCCCUUGCUGCAGGGGUGCCGCAGCCGCUUGAAGAGCAGGAGGAGGCAGCAGCAGGAGCAGCAGCAGCAGGAGCACCAGCAGCAGCAGCAGCAGCAGCAGCAGCAGCAGCAGCGGUUGAGGCGGCGAAGCCAUACAGCGCAAUAUAG